AUGGCGCAGAAACCUGGUGGCCAGGAUAUUUCAAACCGAGUUGGAGAACAUCUUGAGAAACUAACUAAAGUAAUACUAAUAGGCGCAAGAGCAGUCCUUCCAGUCUUCCGCACAACCCCAAAGCCAGUCCUUUAUCGAGAGUCUGGAUUCUCUCCACCAGAAAUCGAACUAGAUCAAAUAGCCCUCCUUGCAACUGUCUGCCUACGGCGUCUCGACCCUUAUCACCCACUUCGAAGAUGCGCAGAACAGAUCGCUAGUAAUGGCUGA